CUCCUCCUCGAGAUGCAAUGCCGAGAAGUGCUCCGUGCUCGUAGUACGAGGGCUUGCACAGUGCUACAGGACCCAAAGAGCCAAUCGAAUGUUCUCUGAUAUCCUUUUUUUGCUUAAUACUGUUGGGGUUUGCACUGGCGAAGCCAUGUGACAUCGCUAUAUGGCUGAGAAGGGAGCGUGGCAUACCAACGCCACGCAUGAUCUUCGCAGUGCCCCAUGUUCUCUUCCGGCAUAUACAGAGGAAAACUCUUGCCAUUUGCGUCCUAUUCCGGCCGGAGUCGGGUGAUUCCACUUGCGUGUCUCCCAACAACUGACACGAUGCAUUGCUAAACAGGAUGUUUGACAUGCUUGUCAUAUCGUCUUUCAUCCCGUUCAAGGCCGAGCUGCGCUGUUUCACGCUAUAGGUUGAUUCCAAAGUGGUUCCCUGAUUUGGUACGUUAUUGGUUGUAUGAAGAGCCGGUUUAAGACAAAUGGCAAGGAUGGAGGUACAUCUAGGUACUUUUGAAUGUUGGUCGAUGAUCUUCGCAGCGGGAGGUAAACCCGUGUCUGCGUGCGUGCGCAUGAGAUGCAAGUUUUGAACUCGAUUAGGUGUCCUCGCAAAAUGACUCUAUUACAAUUGCAUGCACGUCGCUAGAGCGGCCCUAAAUCCGAGACCGCUCCGAUGACCGUUCUGGCCACAUCGUGCUUUGAAAAAUUGCUAAUCAGACUACGGUGCGCCCUGUCACCCUGCAGUCGGAUGAGUGGCGGUCGAAAGCUGCAUGGAGCGACUGUGGAAAAGAGCCAAGGUAAUCGCGGCAAUAUGCCAACGUCCAUUGGCCUCGGUCAUGGUUACUUUCUGCGAGUCAUAAAAUUCAUCUGGCCAAAUCUACCAAUGGUUGAUGGAGGAAGGCUUUUGUGGAACACGCGAGUGCCGUUGUCCGAUGCCACCACCGUCGGCCACCGACCUGGUCGCUGAUCAGGGUUUUAAGCAUGAUUUAGUCAGAACUCUGUUGCACUUGUCUUCCAUUUAGGAAAUUGGGAGAGAAUGCCUCGUCGUUCACCCAUGCGCUCCGGUACACUCGCAUGCGAUGGCCGGUCUUGUGAAUGCCGACGACACAAUGCAUGCUGUACAAGUUCCCCUAGUCUCAUCGGAUACCCUCGGUGCUACCUACCUUUUACCUGGUAGUUGGAGUGCUUUUGCUGUCCUCCUGUCGGACCAAAGUAUAGAUCACAUGACUGUUAGCAUAUGUUGGCAACCGUGCAGCUUUGCUGGGGUAUCGCUACGGUUUCAGGGGUGUGCCUUGAAUCUAGCUCGUGAGUACACAUUAGCUGCGCCUGAUUCAACUAAAACCCGCCGCCUGAAAUAUUGGUUUCCAACAUUUUAGUUUCCUUUGGGAAUGCGGCGUCUUUUAGCACGGGAACCCAGUGGCACCCGAGCGCCAAGCCACCCAACUGAUGCGCCGCAUCCUUCGGAUGGCAUACGGAGUAUAGAACCGCAAAGUGGUUGUACAUCAUAACCGUUGUGCCAUAUUUGCAUUGAUUCUUCACACGAAAAGUGAUAUGUCAAAUUAGUAUUGGUGUUUUGCUUCCA